CGGCCGAUGGUCGGGGCGGCGCCCGCCGAUGGCGCCCGGGCCCCGCUGACCCCCGCGCGCUCUGCCCCGCAGGACGCGGCCAUGUUCAGCUCCAGCGCCAAGAUCGUGAAGCCCAAUGGCGAGAAGCCCGACGAGUUCGAGUCCGGCAUCUCCCAGGCGCUGCUCGAGCUGGAGAUGAACACCGACCUCAAGCUCCAGCUGCGGGAGCUCAACAUCACGGCGGCCAAGGAAAUUGAAGUUGGUGGUGGUCGGAAAGCUAUCAUUAUUUUUGUUCCAGUUCCUCAGCUGAAGUCUUUCCAGAAAAUCCAAGUCCGGCUAGUUCGUGAGUUGGAGAAAAAGUUCAGUGGGAAGCAUGUUGUCUUCAUUGCCCAGAGGAGAAUUCUGCCCAAGCCAACUAGAAAGCGAACAAAAAAUAAGCAGAAGCGCCCCAGAAGCCGCACGCUGACGGCCGUGCACGACGCCAUCCUGGAGGACCUGGUCUUCCCCAGCGAGAUCGUGGGCAAGAGGGUCCGGGUGAAGCUGGACGGCAGCCGGCUCAUCAAGGUCCACCUGGACCGCGCGCAGCAGAACAACGUGGAGCACAAGGUGGAAACGUUUUCUGGUGUGUAUAAGAAGCUCACGGGCAAGGAUGUUAAUUUUGAAUUCCCAGAGUUUCAGUUGUAAAGAGAGAUGAGUAAAUAAAGUGUAAUUCUUAGCGUG